AUUCAAUUGUUUCAUGAAUGUAAAGUAUCUAUUUUCUUUUGGAAGGAUCUAGAUAGACAAUGUUCAAUUAUAAUAGUUCAUUAGGAAGGAUACAAGUGAAUCAUUCAUUAUUUUUUCCUAUGAACAAUAAAGUUUUAACACAUUUUACAACGGAACCAGUUGAAAUUUAUUUACCGAGUAUUAUUACUUCAACUAUAUUACUUAUUAUUAUUUCUAUGAUUGGAACAAUAGGUAAUAGUCUUGUUGUAUGGGCAUUUACAAAACAAGUUAAACAAGGUAUUAUUUCUGGCUUAUUUAUUCUAUUAUUGGCUUGUAAUGAUUUAUUUAUUUGUCUUAUUGUAAUUCCAUGUACAUUAUAUUUAGAUAUUUGGACAGGGGAUACAACUGAUUGGAUAUGUCGUGCACAUUUAACAAUGAAAGGAUUUGUUGUACCUGUUUCAGCAUGUAUAUUAAUGUUGAUAGCAAUGGAAAGAUUUUUAUUAAUCUGUUUCAUUCCUGGUAUACAAAUGCAACGUACACAUAUUGUAUUAUCAUUAGUCAUUAUAUUUUGCAUUGGUUUAUUAUGUGCUAUACCAAUGGGAUUACAUGUUCGUGCAAUUGAUUUAUUUAAAGAACGUGAUGAAUUAUUAGAUUUAAAUACAUUGAAAUAUGGAUUAUCCACUAUGGAAAAU